GUUGCUUUUUAAUUCGAUCCGCCCUAAAAAUAUCUUUUGCCUUCCACAAAAUUUUACGCCCAAACGGAGCCUUAAAGCUUGCCGGUAACCGGCGCCGUCCAGGUUUAAUUUCCCACAGUCUCUUCUCUCUGUCUCUCUGUCUCUCUCUCUCUCUCUCUCUCUCUCUCUCUCUCACACACACACACACACACACACCGAUGCGUCAGUUCUUCUCGUUGAUCUGAAUCCUAUCGGUUUUGUAUUGUCGGACAACGUUUGCCAGCCAGUAUAUAGAGCUUUCAUGACGCUGAUAAUGUGCAGAGAGUGAAGGUGGGACUGGGCGAGAAGAAGAUGCAUAGAGAACGGGGCAGCGCCGUGGUUAGAUCGAAAUCAGCCUCCGGUGCCGCCCGUCCGAUCAAAGAUCUCGGGAAAUCGACGGCUGUCAACGAAUCAAGAGGAAAGGACAGGUACACCGUGUCGGUGCCCUCCAUGGUCUGCAACAGGGACGACAAUGAUGAAUCUGAGACAAGCAGAGAAGAUUCAGAUGUUAGUGGCUCUGAUGGGGAUUACACUUCUUGGAUCUCAUGGUUUUGCAACCAGAAAGGAAAUGAAUUUUUCUGUGAAGUUGAUGAUGACUACAUCCAAGAUGAUUUUAAUCUUUUUGGGUUGAGCAGUCAAAUUCCUUAUUAUGAUGAUGCGCUUGAUUUGAUUUUGGAUGUUGAAACAUCUAAUGAUGAUAUGCUUACUGAGGAGCAGAAUGAAUUGGUUGAGUCAGCUGCAGAGAUGCUGUAUGGUCUAAUUCAUGCUCGAUACAUAUUAACUGGCAAAGGAAUGUCUGCAAUGUUAGAUAAGUACAGGAACUAUGAUUUCGGGACAUGCCCAAAAGUUCAGUGCAGUGGACAACGAUGCCUUCCUGCUGGUCUCUUCGACGUCCCCCGAUCAUGUUGCGUGAAAAUAUACUGUCCGAAAUGUGAAGAUAUUUAUGAACCUCGAUCCAAAUCCCAAGAAAUUGAUGGGGCUUAUUUUGGAACAACAUUUCCUCAUUUGUUUCUGAUGACUCACGGCCACCUCAAGCCACAGAAGGUGCAGCAGAGCUUUAUUCCCAGAAUAUAUGGCUUCAAAAUUCACAAGUAACGUAAGAAGUUUUAACUGCUUUUAGCUAGCUCUCUCUCUCUCUCUCUCUCUCAAGAAUGCUCAAUUCUAACUUUGUAUAUAUCUUUAUAAGCCCCCCAAAUUCUUUGAACUGGUUAUAUAUAUAUAUAUAUUAUAUUUAAUUUCUUGUUGAGAGAUUCUUGUAUACAACUCAGGCUUUUAUGAAUGAUCAAGUGGGGUACUUUUUGCUA